CCUAACUUAUCAUAGUGGGGUUGGCGGUUCGUGCAGGCAUCGGUGUAUUAGAACCGAUGCCGAGUCGAGCACCGGUCGUGAUGGACCAGGGAGUCCUCAGUGGUACAAACUACAAUGCGACCAGUCGCUACCGUAGAUUCACAUCAGACUUUACGCUCUUUGCCCGGCUUCAAGAGCAUCGGCGGUCGCAAUGAUGAUGGGAGGAAGAUGAUCAUUCAUAGCAGUUUUGUCGCCAGCUUGCCGACCAACAUGACCAGCGUCCAGUAUCUUCAACAUCUGGUAAGUGGUAACCGUGCCGGAUCGUUCGGGUUUGAGGAGCUUCAAACCUUCGAGAACAACAGCAGAAGCUAUUCCGAGUUUCAAUAUUCAAACACUUCUUGCGAUUCCAGUGCCCCGUCAAGGACCCCACGCCGCACAGGCCAGUAGUCGCGUGCCGAAUAGGAUGCCCUGACAGGAUACCUAACCACUUCGGGUAUCCUUGGUGUCGUGCAAUCUGUAAUCUGACAAUUUCGCCGCCGUCAUAGAAUUCCAGGACUGAGGCUCGGAAGCGAUGGCGGUGGGGACUGGCCUGGGGCUUCGAUGGAGAUCAGAAG